UGUGCUGCCCCCAGCUAUGCCCCUUGGUGUCCCGCCUGCCAGAAGCUGCAGCCCGAGUGGGAGAAGUUCGCCGAGUGGGGCGAGGACCUGGAAGUGAACAUCGCCAAAGUGGAUGUCACGGAGCAGCCGGGAUUAAGUGGACGAUUUAUCAUAACAGCUCUUCCUACCAUCUAUCACUGUAAAGAUGGAGAGUUCAGGAGAUACCAGGGUGCAAGAACUAAAACCGAUUUCAUAAAUUUCAUCAGUGACCAGGAAUGGAAAUCUAUUGAACCAGUUUCAUCAUGGUUUGGUCCUUCCUCUUUCCUGAUGAGCAGUAUGUCAGCUUUGUUUCAAUUGUCAAUGUGGAUCAGGCACUGCCAUAGUUAUUUAACAGAAAAAACUGGAAUGCCGGUCUGGGGCUCGUAUGCUGUUUUUGCAUUGGCAACUCUAUUCUCGGGACUGAUACUGGGACUUGUAAUGGUGUUCUUAGCAGACUGUGUCUGUCCAUCCAAAAGGCACAGACCGCCACAGUACCCUCAUUCAAGAAAGCUAGCUCCGGAGUCAGCUCAGCUGCUGAAAAAGCUGGAUGAAGAGCAAGAAGCGGAUGAGGAAGAUAUCUCAGAUGAUGAAAUGGAUGAUAAAGAGGUGUCCAACAGAAACUCAUCACUGAAUGCUGUAAGGCAGCGCACAGUGAACCCUGCUGCUACAGUGGAUAAGUCUUAG